AUGGACCACCGCGCGCGCGAUUGCGAUUGCGCUGCGUGUGUGGCCCUCGGAAGGGUUGCGGCCGUUGUGGUUGACGAGGACACUAGCGACUCUCUCCGGUCCUACGUCGCGAAGACCCUGGAGAGAGCUUACACAAAGAUCCUCGAGAAAGGCUUGGAGCUUCUACGCCAGGAGCGCCGAGCUACAGAGGGUGAGACUUCGGGAGCUGGCUGCCACCCAGCUCCUGGGGACGAGGCGGAAGAGCACAAGGAGGAGGUCAAGGACACAAAGGAAGAGCCUGAGCAGGUUGCCACCAAGAAGCGAAGGCGAAAGAAGAAGAAGCCACAACCAGAGGAGGAAGCCAUCCUAGAGGAGGAAGACAACCCAGUCCCUGAAGGAGAACUUGCAAAGCCCGUUGAGACCCCAGGCAUCGAGACUGCCAACGAGACACCGGCACCCUCGGCUUCAGAGGAGGUGGACAAGAGGCCCGUGGAUCGAGAUCAUCGUUCACCUCUACCACGGAAGCCAGUGAAGCCAAGCUCAAAGCCCAGCGAACCUGCCAAGGAGAGAAAGGCCAAGGACGAGAGAGGGGUUGAGGAAGCCGAGAACCCCCGCUUUGUGUUGAAACCAAAGGCCAGGCCCUUGAGGAGGACGUCCCGCAGCCAGUUGUGGAUUGGACCUAUCCGUGCCUACAAGAACAGACCAGCGGCCAAGAAGAAGAACAAGGGCAUCAAGAAAGAGUUGAAGAACGAGCGCUACUGGGAGAGGAGAAGGCAGAGACUCUGGGAGGAGCGAACCCGGGGCUACAGGCCAGUGGCCGCUGUCAGACGAGGUGUUUUGAGGAGGCCAGCAGGAGCACCUGUAGCGAUUGAGGCGGAAUGGCACAAGGCGGGAGAGGUCAGCGCAGACUGUCUCCUGGAUUGGACGUGGCUGCAAAUGAAGGGCACUUAUUGGGAGGAAGAGGUCGAGCUUAUUGGCAAAGUAUUGGAGGUGAAGCGCAAGGACACAGGGCGAGAGGUAGUGAUCAAGGCUUCGGGCACACCUACAGAGUCUCUCCUGAAGACCUUGACCGGCAUCCCCUCGAGGCAGGUCAGAGUGCAUCUUUGCGCCGACCCCUGCUUGGCCCUGGUUUGGGAGGAGAACUACAUACACUGCAGUCAACUCCGAAAGGCUCGUCGGGAGGAGAUUGGCUGGAGUCAGAAUUUGGAGGCUGCAGUGGAGAAGACGAAGAGGACGAGUUGA